CGGAGAUGGCGGCCGCCGGGGGAGCUUCGUCUGAGCCGGCGGUUUCAGAACAGCCGGCGGAGCUGUCUGCCGCGGUGCGGGCGAGCAUCGAGCGGAAGCGGCAGCGGGGGCUGAUGCUGCGCCAGGCCCGGCUGGCGGCCCGGCCUUACCCGGCCACGGCGGCUGCGGCUACCGGAGGCAUGGCUAAUGUAAAAGCAGCCCCGAAGAUAAUUGACACAGGAGGAGGCUUCAUUCUGGAAGAGGAGGAGGAAGAAGAACAUACAAUUGGAAAAGUUGUUCAUCAACCAGGACCUGUAAUGGAAUUUGAUUAUGUUAUAUGUGAAGAAUGUGGUAAAGAAUUUAUGGAUUCUUAUCUAAUGAACCACUUUGAUUUGGCAACUUGUGAUAACUGCAGAGACGCUGAUGAUAAACACAAGCUUAUAACUAAAACAGAAGCAAAACAAGAAUACCUUCUGAAAGAUUGUGAUUUAGAAAAAAGAGAACCAGCUCUUAAAUUUAUUGUGAAGAAGAAUCCUCAUCAUGCACAAUGGGGUGAUAUGAAACUCUACUUAAAACUACAGAUUGUGAAGAGGUCUCUUGAAGUUUGGGGUAGUCAGGAAGCAUUAGAAGGAGCGAAGGAAGUUCAACAGAAAAACCGAGAAAAAAUGAAACAGAAGAAGUUUGAUAAAAAAGUAAAAGAAUUACGGCGAGCAGUAAGAAGCAGUCUAUGGAAAAAGGAGACAGCUGCUCAUCACCAUGAGUAUGGACCAGAAGAAAACCUAGAGGAUGACGUGUACCGGAAGACUUGUACUGUGUGUGGCCAUGAACUGACAUACGAGAAAAUGUGAUUUUUAGUUAAGUGCUAUGUUUUAUAGUGUGGAAAUUUAGAUUGGUCUUGUUCAAAAUUCAUCAAAACGUAAAGUCUUCAUAGAUGAAUGAAACAUUUGUAUAAAUAA